GGCAAUCGUUGUUAAAAAAAAAAGAUUAAAAACGUGUGCCUAUUCAAUUUUUCAUAUUGCUGCUUACACGUGGUGUCAGCAAUUUUUAUUGUACUAAUCUUGACGAUAAUAAGUUUAAUUAUGGCAAAAAAAGGAGUAAAAAGACCGAUUGAAGAAUCAGCUGAAGGCACUAAAGUAGCCAAUAAACCAGCAGAAAAAAAAUUAAAACUUAAUGGCAAUGUUCCCCAAAAGCCAAAAAAACAAUCAGAUGUUGUUGAUAAAAAACCACAAGUUAAUAAUAUCAAAAAAGAAAAAAUAACUAAUGGUGUUAAACCAACAAAUGGUGAAGCUGAAAAACAACAAACAGUUAAUGGAGUUGAAAAAGCUAAAAAAGAAAAAAAAAUGAAAUAUACACCAGAAGAAUUUCUUGAAAGACAAAAAGCAAGAAUUUUAGCUAAAAAAGAAAAAAUGUUAGCUAAAAAAAAGAAGGAAUUAGAGGCAAAAAAUGAAAAUAGAAGAAUCAAAAGACAACAAGGAGGUGAUCUUAAUCUUGAAAAUAUUAAAAAAACUGAAGAACAAAUUGAUGCACAAAUUGCAGAAAUUAAAAGUCGUCCAGAAUUGACAAAAACAGCUCGUAGAAAAUUGGGACUUUUACAAAAACAAAAAAAUAUAUUAAAUGGAACUGCUCAAGAUAAAACAGUUAAUGUAGUACCAACAUUAAAUCCAAAUGAAAAAAGAAGAUUACGUAAAAAUAUGGCUAAAAUUAAGUUGAAGGCAGCAAGUGAUGAUGGUGGUGCCUCAUUAAAAGUUGAAAAAAAAAAACCAGCUCAAGUUGAAAAAAAAAAUACAGCUGUUAAAGUAAAAGAAGAUAAAAAAAUUGAUGCUGUUAAAGUAAAAGAAGACAAAAAAGUUAAUGCCAUCAAAAUAAAAGAAGACAAAAAAAUUAAUGCCAUUAAAAUUAAAGAAGACAAAAAAAUUAAUGCUGUUAAAGUAACACCUGUUAAAGUAGAGAAAAAAAAUGUUAAAGAUACUCAACAAUUAAAAGGAAAGAAAGUUGUUAAAGAAGAGCCAAAAGCUGAAAGUGAUGAUGAUGAAGAUGAAGAUGAAGAUGAAGAUGAUGAUGAUGAAGAAGAAGAAGCUGAUACCACAUUAAACACAACUGCUGAUGCUGAUAGUACUUUAAACACAACUGCUGAUGCUGAUAGUACUUUGAACACAUCAGCAGAUGUCAGUAUGGAACAAGAUGAUGAUGAAGAUCAUGAUGACGACGAUGAUGAUGAUGAUGAUGAUGACGAGGAAGAAUUACCAGUUCCAAAACCAGAAAUAAAGAAAAAACCAGAACCAACAAAUCACGAUUCAUCAAAGAAAACUCGUUAUGUUUUAUUCGUUGGAAAUCUUCCAUAUGAUGCAACUGUCGAUGGUCUUAAAAAACACUUUUUGACAAAAUGCAGUGAAGUCAAAUCUAUAAGAUUACCUUUGAAAAAAGAUCAGAGUCCAAAAGGAAUUGCAUUUGUUGAAUUAAAUAACAGCACUGAUUAUGAGAAAUCAUUGUCUCUUCACAAUACCAUUUUCAAUGGAAGAAAACUCAAUGUUCAGUACUCUGAAGGUGGAUCAAAGAAAGCUGGAAAUAGACCACAUGUUGUUGCUAAAAAUCAAAAAUUACAUGCAUUGAGAAAACAGGGAAAACUUGCUGGUAGCACUAAAGAUUCACAAAAACGUAAUGUCAGAAGAAAUAACAAACCAGCAGCAUCUGCUUAAAUAUUUUAUAAUAUUACAACAUUUAUCAACAAUUUAAACAUUUAAUAAUAAUUUUUAUUAUUAUUUUUAACUGUAUAAACAAUUAAUUAACAUAAUAAUUGAUGAAUUUGCACUUUCAUCCUGUAAACAAUAAUAACUUUACAAAAAUAAACAUCGAAUU